UGAGCAGAAUUCAUCAAUCAAGUAAAUGUCAGCGUGUUGCACAACACGAAGAAUACGAUGUAUUGCGGCAAUUAGACUUUGCUUAAAUAAAUUUACAUUUUUGUUGCUAUAAUCGACAGAAUGCAUUAACGAACUGACCUAGCUGCUGUUGGACACUUUGACAAACAGACGGACAUGUAAGACUUUGCCAUUUCUCCCAGAGGACUCUUCUUAAUCAGACAGCUAGUGAGCUCCUUUAUUGCACUUUGCCUCCCAAGUUCAAACAUUCCCCGGUGGAAAGAGCUUUUAUUUCCCACCCCACUAUAUUCUUCUUUUAUUUUCUUUAAUUGAAAUCAGAUUUGUAAAGGUGACAAAACUGAACGUUACGGGCAGCAGACUGACAAUUAAAUUACACUUUUUUAACAUAGAAAGGGCUUGAGUAUUUGCACGAGUCAUUGAAUUACCGGGAAUUAAUGAAAUAAUCCUUGUGUUAUGUGUCUCGAAUUCCUCAGAUGAAAGAAAGUAGUCGACCCGCUGCUUCUUUAUAAGUAUAUAUUCACACGUAUGAUAUUGCACAUAUCACACACUCAUGAUAUUUCAGUAUCCAAAUUGGCAGUUAAUAUCCAAAUCAAUGGCAAAUAUUGUAAAUAGAGGCACCAAAACAAUCGGUGUCCGUAGCAUUUCAUCGAAGUCCCGUCUAGUCUGAUUAUUCAGACAAUUUGACUUCCAUAAAUACUCAUUGAACAUGAAAAUAUGAUAUGGCAAGGUCCUAAUGAGUCUAGUGAUUACCAAGUCCCACUCUGUUUCACCUUUGCAGGGUGAUUUAUACCCCUCAAACAUGGUUCUAGCGCCCAUCUUAUAAUACUAGUGAGAAAUAGACCUUGAGAAGUUUAAAGAUCGGUUCACAGUGAACUGCCAAUACCGCCAGCACUGUAAAUCUUAAUGGUGCCUAGCACAGUGUAUUAAUACAGUACGCGCCAUCAGUCGUCGCUUUAGUCAUCUGAAGUUCAGAGUGUUUGAAAGCACAUUGGCAUAAUGCAUUCUCUUUAAGUGAAGCAAAUAUUUCACCGUCAACUUUAUUUCGCAGCAAAAUUCCUUUCCGCGUGAUUGUGUUUGUCUUUUCGCUGUAUGUUAUCAAUCUAUAGACUAGAUGACGGACGACCUUGUCAAAAUGACGCCAGUCUAAACAUUUCCGCCGCUGCCCCACUGGAGUUAGUAGAAUAUGCACCGCAUUUGAUAGAGACGCAAUCCAAACAGAGCAGCGAGUUUCUCAGAACCUGCUCGGAUUGAAGAGGGUUUUGCGGAGGGAGGGGGUAGUGGAGCCGGGGCUGUUGAUUAAUUGACUGGGCACUGAAUAUCAAACCUGGUUAUCCCAAUUUCCUGCAGACAAUCGCGCAUAGAAAACAACAUAUGGUUGUUAGGACUUUCGGGUCAACUGGCGAACAAAAGGUGUUAGGGAAAGGACAAUGAAGCGUGGACUCCGGAAAGUUAGGGAUGAAGGGAACGGGGCGUAAACAUAGUCAUGACGGAGAAGAGAGACAUAGAGACAGAAGCACGAACAGCGGCGACGGUAACGCGUUAAUGUCUAGAGAGAAUGAAAUCAUUCACACGUUAAGAUAAAACUCUUAUCAGUUAAAAGGCGGUCACGGCUAUUUAAACCAUUUUAUAAUGUGCAUUCGCUUACCCGUCACAUCAAAUCUCUAUUGCUUCGCUCAAGUGGCCUCAUCGUACUUUUCAGAAUACUAAAAGUGCCUCCAACAAUUUGGAAAAUAGAUCCUAUAUACACAUUAUUAAAAUAUAUUGUCCGGGCCGCAGAACAGAAAAUGAAAUACGCUGUACAAUAAGAAAUACAGUUGAAACAGACACGCUGCUGACCAUGACUGCUGCCCUGUUAAGUUUAAGUUUUAUCUUUAUGGGAAUGAUAUUGUACCAUGAACAUGGCUGGAGGGCGUAUAUAGUAGGGUGUGGUUGCUUUCUAGUUUUGAUCAAUGUUAUAUCACCAACUACCACCCACCGCCACCCCUCCCCCCGACUACUCUAAUGUGUGUUGUCGUAAAAACCACGUGUCCAGCUCCAAGUCCGCUUCUAGGAACCUCAUAGAUGAACGGGAUCCAGUGGCUCGGAUCUAACACACGCCGACCUCCCACACAAGAAACAUGCAUCUCGGACAAAUGAGCAGAGAAAUAUAAAGCCAUCAACAAGUCGGUUUUCUUAAAACCUGCUGUCUGAUUGGAAUAACAUCGUGGUUGGAAAUCUUUAGAGAUGAUGAAACCCAGCGAACCCAGUGGAUCUGCUUUCCUGAAGGUCGAUCCCGCCUAUAUCCAACACUGGAAGCAGCUCUUCCCCCAGACCCAGCUGAAAGUCGGUUCGCUCACAGUGAUUCCCAACCAGCUCGACAGAGCUGGCCCGGCGAGCGACAGCCUCCGCCACCACUCGGGACCUCUCGCCUCCUCGGCGUCCUCCACCGCUUCCUCGGCCUCUUCUUCGGCGUGUUCCCUGUCUCUGUCCGGCCUCACCCCAGUUUCUGUGCCGCAGAUUUCCGUGUUGGGGCAGCUAGCGGCUUCCGAUCCACCCCCGGCGCUCAACGGCAAUCCGGGCAGUGAGCUGUGUUCACACGGGACAGAGAGGACGCCGAGAUUCUCCUUCUCUACGGAGGAUCUGGACUAUUAUUUGUACGGACAGCAGAGAAUGGAGAUCAUCCCUCUUAACAACCACGGAACCGACACCAAUAACCGCUGUGAUAUGUGUGCUGACAAUCGGAAUGGUGAAUGCCCAAUGCAUGGACCACUCCACUCACUGCGCCGUCUUGUCGGCACAAGCAGCAGUGCAGGCACCGCACCGCCUGAUGUGCCCUGUGGACUGCGGGAGCUGCCACGAGAGGUGUGCCUGUGUACCAGCACUGUGCCAGGCCUGGGUUAUGGCAUCUGUGCAGCCCAACGCAUCCCGCAGGGAACCUGGCUUGGACCUUACCAGGGAGUUACCCUCUCAAGGGAAAAGGUGCAUAUGGGAGGUCUCAGGAACAGCCGCCAUCUCUGGGAGAUAUAUGAUCAGGAAGGAUCCCUACAACAUUUUAUUGAUGGCAGUGACCCCAACAAGUCAAAUUGGAUGAGGUAUAUCCGAUGUGCAAGACAUUGUGGGGAGCAGAACAUGACAGUUGUCCAGUACAGGUCCUGCAUCUUCUACAGAGCCUGUGAUGACAUCCCGAGAGGAGUGGAACUUUUGGUGUGGUACAAUGAUAGCUAUACGUCAUUCUUUGGGAUCCCAUUUCAGUGCGUUGCACAAGAUGACAACCUGAAUGUCCCAUCGACUCUUGCUGACGUAAUGACCAGGCAUGAGACGUUACAAUCAUUCAACAAGACUGGCAAGCUUCCACCGACAGGAAUCUACCGUUCACUGAGGUUCCCAGAGACAUCGUGCAGCAAAGCGCUGUCUGAUAAAGCAGGGCCACAUGAUUCCAUGGUCAACCACAUCAACGUGAAGAACCAGCGGGUACUGGCAAGUCCAACCUCCACCAGCCACUUAAGUGGAGAAUUCAGUGAUUGGCACCUCUGGAAGUGUGGGCAGUGCUUUAAGACCUUCACCCAACGAAUUCUGCUACAGAUGCACGUGUGUCCACAGAACCCAGACAGGCCUUACCAAUGUGGACAUUGCUCUCAGUCCUUCUCCCAGCCUUCAGAGUUGAGGAAUCACGUAGUAACUCAUUCUAGUGACAGACCUUUUAAAUGUGGGUACUGUGGACGUGCCUUUGCCGGAGCUACAACAUUGAACAAUCAUAUUCGGACACAUACAGGGGAAAAACCAUUUAAGUGCGAGAAAUGUGAUCGGAGCUUCACACAAGCCACGCAGCUGAGCCGCCACCAACGGAUGCCCAACGAGUGCAAACCAAUAACAGAAAGCACAGAAUCAAUUGAAGUGGAUUAACUGAUUGACUGGCUGGAAUUAAACUGCAAGGAAAGUCAUGAUUAAAUGUCACGGACACUUAAGCAAAACCAAAGAUUUCCUCUGAGCAACUUUCAAUCAGCCCCAGAAAACCAAAAAAAAACAGUAAUAAAAUAAGUAAGAUGUUAAAAGAUAUUGAUCUUGGCAUGGGAGAGAGAGAGAGAGAAACCAACCAAGAAAAAACAGAUUAUUUAUUUAUGAUUAGAGAUACGAAUCAUAUCAAUGGACCAAGUCAAAACGAUGGGAGACUUGCAGAGAUUCUUAUGCCCAGAAUAUAUUACAUUUCUAAGAACCUUUUAAUUGUUAUUUAAUACCAAAGUGAGAAAAAAAUAUUAAUCAGUGGGUUCAGUAACCUGCAAUUGUGACUGAAAAUGCACAUUGUUUUAUUGCACCUUUUUAAGCAUGACUUUAGGGACACAGAUCUUUUAUCCUUUUUUUCCCACAACGGUGAUGUCUACAAGAAGAGCAAGAAAUCGCAGAUUUAUUGUAAAAUGCAAAGGUACCAUUUCCUUCCUGGAUUAAGACUCCAUACAAUUCAGUAUUACUGACUUUACAAAAAUGAAACAUACAAUUUGUUUAUCUUGCCCGUUCAAUCGUUCAAAAUGUAAAACUGCAUCAAAGCAAUGUUAAAUGUUAAUGUUUUGCUGCAGUACAGCUGGCAACAUGUCUGUCAGCAGAGCUAUGAAAGCCAAUGCAUCUAAGUAAGUUUGAACAAACAUUUGUCCAUAAACUCUCAGGCAGAAUAAUAAUUCAGCCUAAAUUUGGGCUGAUGGUGAAAUGCUUCUUUUGAUUACAUUCUCUCCUGCAUGAUUAAUUCUUUGAAACACACCUAUUACUUUAAGCACUAAAAUUAAUGUAAAAUAAUGGGAAAGGUCUAUGUUAAACUCACAAUUUGGCAGAAAUACAUCAUAUAUGUAGGGAUAAGCCAUAAGGGGGUUUGUAAUCCGACAUCCACUCAUACCGUCCAAACACAAAAGCCUGGCUAUGUUUUCAUGUUCUAACAGAACAGUUACAAUCAGCUAAAAGGGAAUGCAAUUUGAUGAAUCAGAUAACUGGUAUAAGUCUGCUUCUCGUGCUGAAGUUGAUGCUUGUGUGGGUGGGGGACUAAAUUACACAGACUGGUCACUCUGGUUUCAUCUGUAAGUCAGAUAUACAUAACACACUGGUGUGGGAGAAAACUUGUGGGUCUGUCACAUCAUUCCUUAUCAAACUUUUGCAGCAUAACUGCAUUCAGAGAGAAUAUAUUGAGUGACAUUAUGAAUAUUUAAGAAUCAUUAGGGUGUACAUAACAUUAUGCAGAAAGAUGCAAUUCAUGUUAUCCAUUAAUGUUAUCCACCAUUAAACUCAAACUUAAUUACAUUCAUUACAUUACAUCAACUACAUUACUUGAAUGGGCCAUAUACACAUCAAAAUGGUUACACAUCUACGAAUAUGGAACUUCCAUUUACUUCCAGUUAUUCUGUUGGACUCAGCAUCCUGUACACAAUUUAAUCACAACAAUUUAUAGAGGAAUUAAAAUUGUGAAUGUUAUAUUCUGAAUACUUGAUAUUAAGAUGCAUAAAGGCACACAUCAGAGUUCUUGAGUUACCUCUGCACUGGCCACAUGUUUUGGACUAUAUCAUUUUUACAUAACCAUUGAGCAAUAUUGUAUAACUGAGGACACUCCAUGUUGGAAUAAAAGCUGGAUGAGGUUUUAAAAUCACAACUCGUUUUUGCCCUUUGGUAAUUACCACUGCACUUUGGCUCGUUGUUUUAAGUUCACUUUGAAUAUACUAGCAUUUGUAACAUACAAUUUUACAUUGCCAAUUAUGAAUAUUAAGAACAGAAAAUAUUAUCAAUGUACUUUCUAUGAAUAGAACAAUACAGGAACUAAGUACAAUAUUUCGAAAAUCAAAAUGGUUUCAGUUAUUUUCCAAAAUACAAGCAAAUACAAGCAUGUAGUUCAGCAUGGACAAAACGGGCUACAGAGCCUAUUUCCAUGCUGCAUGUCAAUGACUAUUGAGUACCCUAUUGACCCAUUUCAUUAUUGCAAAAUGGGAACUGCAUUGAUUAUUCAGGUUAUAUCCUUCCGUACAGUUAAUUCCUGCAAAUUUUUUUUGGUUGACAGGAAUCCUUCCCUGCCUCGUAUAAUGUUAUUCUUUUUUUCUAUUCCAAUUUUUAUGUUAAUUUGUGCCAUUAAUUAAUUACUAUGGAAAAGUCAAUCAGAAUUUUGAAUGCUACUUGGCCAUCUGGAAAUAAUUGUCCACCUACCCAUGGUGGACAAAAAUAAUAAAGGCAUGCCAUUUUCAGAAUGUACCUCUUAAAAUGUUAAAUAACCCCCAAGCCAGCUUGGAAUGAAGAUUGUUAACAUGUAAGGGUAUUGCAAAUAAAAAAGACACAGAAAAAAAUAAUAUUUGGAAAAAUGCCAUUUUUAGCUGACAAACAAUAAUACCACACUUGAUGGAUAGUGUUAUUUGUUAUUAUGCUCAUUUGCAAUUAUCCAAACCCUCCUGUGACAUGAGGUGGCAUGGACAUCAACCUCCUACAAUGUACAAGUUAUCCAAAGACCUAUCUAGAAAUAAUUUAAAAAAUAUGAUAUAAUCUUAAUGUACAAUUCAAAUAAAUAACACCAUACAUAUUUUAUCAAUGAUAGCUGCACUAGAGUUAAAUAGAUGCAAUAUGUAUUAUUAUGGACUAUUUUUUGGUUUAUGAUACAUUAUAAAUUUUCACUCGAUUAUUACUUUUCCUGAAUAUAUUUUAUUACUACAAACUAUUUUCUGAGUAUUUUCUAAUGGAAUAUAAGGAAAAUUCAUUUGUGUACAUUUUCUACAUGGCCAGGAAGUAUUCUAGCUCAAAACAACAUAAAUAGUUUUAACAGAGUUCCCUAUAGGAAAUACAUCACCGAAAGAAAAAAAUCUAAUUGCUGUACUAAUUAUUGUCAAAAAGUCUUGUGUUUUUAA